AUGACAACCACAGAUAACAAAGGUGACAACAAGCAGCGAAGUCGCAAGGCCAGAGACAGCCAAAAGGAGGAUGCCAAGGCCAAGGAAAGAGGCCGAAGAAGACAGAACAAAAAGGAUCCAUCCACCACAGUAUCACCUGGUGUUGAAUCUGGAAAGGAUGGAGAAGCUCUUGACAAGUCGAGUAGAAGCAGAGGCCAACGUCGCAAUCAUCAAGAGGACCGUCAAGCCAAAGACAAAGCUCGCACCAGUGGAAGAUCCGGUUCAUCCUCUCGACCAGGCGUUUCGCAUGAGACAAACUCUUCAGGAGAUCUGGCUCGCAAAAAGUCUUCUGGCACUUCUACCAGCAGUCGACGUUAUUCUCCUGACAGGAAUGGGGAAACGAUUAUUGGUAGCCCACGAACGCGUUCCUCUCCUCGAAGUGGACGCAAAAAAGGAGACGAUAAGAAAAAUGGCCACAGCAACCGCCAUCGCAACCGAGGAUCUUCCAUUCCUGGCGUGCAGGCUGAAAUAAAUGAUCGGGACCGAGCAAGUCGCAAAGAGGCACGGCAAAGCAGUAACACUCGUGGGGUCGGUUUGGAUGGCACAAUUGCACCAAACAAAGACGAUAAAUAUGCUGUUCAUGCCAGCAUUGUGGGGGAGGAAGAGUUCAAUGAAGGACAGCGCAAUGAGGACGAAGAAGCUCGGAUCAGCAAAAGGAUCCAAGAAGAAGCCACAAGACUUCGAGACGAAGAAAAACGUCAAGAAAAUGAGCGCAAGAAACUAGAAGCAGAACAGAAGCGCAAGAAACGGCGCAACUUGGUGAUUCUCGUGGUCAUCCUACUUCUGAUUGGCAUUGGUGUUGGAGCCUACUUUGGCACCCAAGGGAUAUCAAGUACCAACUCAGUUGACAAUGGCCAAGCAGCUGUGGUGAACCCUGCUGAUGAUACUACAUCCCAAUCUCCUUCAGCUGAUCUAACCGCUGCUACUACCAACCCUCCAUCCCGCAUCUUCCGCCAGAUCUGGAAGAUUGCCAGCGCUUGA